AUGAGGUUGUUUGUUCCUUUUGUUUUUGUGAUCGUCCUUUGUUUCGCUCGGGCGGAGGACGAAGACCAAGUCUACGAGGAUUCGGUCUACUCUGACGCCAUUAACUUCGUCAACGAGUGCGGUGACAAGGAAUUAUCUCUAUGUUUUAAGGAAAGAGCACUUAAGUACCUCGAAUCCCUUCCAAACAACGUAGACCUAGGUUCAGGGAUCAAAAUCAAGGAAAAUUUUGAAGGCGCCAACCGUGCGUCUAGACAGUACCAACCUGCAGAUCUACCGGAAGAACCAAGAGCUAGAGAAAAUGAACUCGACAACAUCAUCAUUGAAAAACUCGCUGAUUACUUCACUUCGCACACUUUCGAAUUCAAAAUGCCCACCGACACCGCCAAGGAUCUCAAAAGAUCAAUGGAAGAAGGUCGUAAGAAGAAAAAUAACAACAACAAAGGCGGAGGAAUGAUGAACAUGAUGAUGCUCAUCCAACUCAAGGCUGCCAUCCUGGGUGCAAUCUUCUUGAAGGUAGUCGCCCUGGUGGCCUUCAAGGCUCUUCUUGUAGCAAAGGUGGCGCUGACCAUUGCUAGCGUGAUUGCUUUGAAGAAGAUUGUUGAGCAGAAACACCACUCGGCUACGUACGAGGUGGUGUCACAUCCUCACGCCUAUGAAGAUCAUGGUCACUACGAUAGAUCCUUCAGUCAGGAUUUAGCCUAUAAUGCUCAUAAAGGAGCUAGACAUAACUGA